AUGGACAGCUUGAAGCCGCUCUCGCUCCCCCAUUUUUUCUCCUCCCUCGCCUUCUCCCCUUGCUCCCCGUUCGCGCACCACCACGGGGCGCUGGAGGCGCGCUUCUCGGCGACCCUUCGCCUUGCACCGCCGGCCGCGCUCUCCAACGGCCGCGUCGUCGCCGCUCGCUGCCCGGGUCUGCUGCAGCCGAGCAUAUCAAAUUCUGCUGUCAAUCCGUGUGCUCAGCCUUUGACGCUAAAGUCUACUAAGACUGGUUCGACUGGAGAACGUGAGUAUGCAGUGUCAGUUAUGCAAGGAUACCAAUACCAUGAACAUAUGCAAGAUCCUGACAAGAACAAGAUGAUGACUUAUUCGAAGGUGGAGAAGAGUGCCAAGAGCAUAGUAAAGAUCAAGGGUGUGGAUUCUGGUUUUCUUCCAUGUGUGGCGAGGAAAGAAUGCGCUGCUAAUCAUGGCAGAUCAAGAGAUUUUUGCAACAUCACUUUACAGGUGUGUGUUUGGGGUGCCACUUUUUGUGCCAAUUUAUCACAUCAGAGGGUUGCAAAUGCACCCCGUGCAAUGGCUGGGGACUGCAAUGAAUGUGACAUGGUGAAAGGAGAAGAUCAGAGUCAAAGCGCAGACAACUCAAAGUGUUUUCCUCAGAAAAAAGCCACACCAAAAGGCAACAUAAUGACUCUUAGUGCAAUCCUAUUUCUUGCCUCGAUAUUGGGUACCAGACACCAGAUCAUCAAAAUAAUGAAGUCCAAGGGCCUUCACCAAGCGUUCCAUCAUUCUGUUAUCUUCAUGCCUGUGUGUGGUCAAAUCAGUCUAUGGUGCACUAAAAGAGGCUAA